AUGGCGGUACCUGGACCUCCUCUGCUCCUCUUUCUGUCUCUGCUGCUGCCGCUGCUGUUGAGCAAGGCGUCUCUGCCUGCAGCUGCAUACACACUCACCCCGGGACGACAGCCACAGCACAAGCUCCUCCACCUGGACUGGCCUAAAGAUUGUGGCAUGGCUCACUUCAAGCCCAACAUGGCCGAGAGGAUUGUGUCCGGGAACGAGGCCAGACCUCACUCCUGGCCCUGGCAGGUCUCUCUGCAGGUUCGUCCCAGAGGCAGUAAACACUUCAUUCACGUCUGUGGAGGAACUCUGAUCCACAAGAACUGGGUCCUCACUGCCGCUCACUGCUUCCAGAAGGGCAAAGCUGAGGAUGCUGGCAGCUGGAGGAUCGUCCUGGGGAAGCACCAGCUGAGGCGCUCGGAGACAGCAGAGAGGAUUUUCCCCGUGAAGAGAAUCUACCGGCACGAGAACUUCCGCUACCCGGCUCACAGCGAGCUGGACUACGACAUCGCCCUGGUGAAGGCAGCCACGGACAUCGCCCCUUCAAACUUCAUCCGCUACGCCUGCCUGCCGCGCAAGCAGACCAGCCUCAAUCCGGGACACUACUGCUGGGUCACAGGCUGGGGAGACACCCGGGGCGGGAAAGAGAACGUGUCUCUGGCAGAAGCCCUGAAUCAAGCCCGCCUGCCCAUCAUCGACUUCAAGACCUGCCGGCAGAAGAAAUUCUGGGGCGACCGUGUCCGAGACUCCAUGAUCUGUGCCGGGUUCAGGGACACGGAGGGCCCGCCUGCUGCGUGCCAGGGUGACUCUGGUGGUCCUCUGCUGUGCCAGCAGGGCCAGGACCGCUGGGAGGUGCAUGGCGUGGUAAGCUUCGGCCCGAUCGGCUGCACCGUGGAGAACAAGCCCAGCGUUUUCACCCGCACCGUCGCCUACAUCCCCUGGAUCGAGGCAACACGCAUCAGGGACUUCUUCCUGCACUGAGCGGACGCCUGACUCAGCGCCGACAGCAAACAUAAGCUCUGCUCUGUCUUCAUGUCUGACGUUUUUUUUUCUAAAAGUCUCACAGCAACAGUUCAUCCAACAAACCACUUCACGAUGUAAAUACAUGUUCUGAAUGUGAAAUUGUUGUUUUAUAACUUAAUUUGCAGUCUACACUCUGCAGUACUCUGCAGUAGUCGUGGCAGAGCACUGCAUAGUUUACACUACUCAUCACCUUUUACAUCCACAUUUAUGCAAUAAAAUUGGUUAAAAGCAAAAUCGUUUCCCAUUGUUUUAAUAGAGUUUUUGAUACAUCUGGUUUGAUGGAGACACAAACAGCUUUUUUACAGACACGUU